CGGUCCGAGGCUGUUUACUGUCAUCAGUGCGGAUAAACUGCACUCUUCUGCGCGGAUCUGCGGAUUCCAGCGUGUUCUCUGACAGGAUUAGAGUUCAGGGAAUAUGAGCUGAAAUGCCUUCUGUGUCCGCUGGAGUGAAGGAUCUGUAUCUGUCCUCAUCACUGAGCGAUCUGAACAAGAAAGCAGACAUCAAACCAGAUAAAACCAGCACCAGACACUACGUCCAGAGCGCGUGCAAGAUCUUCAAGGCGGCGGAGGAGUGUCGUCUGGACCGCGAUGAGGAGAAAGCGUAUGUGCUGUACAUGAAGUACCUGACGGUCUAUGACCUCAUCAAGAAGAGACCGGACUUCAAGCAGCAGCAGGUACAGCCCUACAAUAGCCAACAAUACAUUAGCUUUAAAAAGGCCAUCGAGGAGGCAGAGAAGCUUUCAGAGAGUUUGAAGCUCCGGUAUGAGGAGGUAGAAGUGCGGAAAAAGCUGGAGGAGAAAGAGAGAAAGGAGGAAAAGAGUCGACGAGAAGAAAGAAGUGAAAAAGAUAGCCUUGCUUCACCUCGAGGAGCUUCAGAGAAGAAGGACAAUAAGAAGCAGGUUAAAGAGGAGCCCAAUAACAGUAAGACUGGCUGUGAUAAAGGAAGCGUCAGCGCUAAGGAUCUGUUCCAGCUGAUGAAGGAUCCCAGUAUAAGUGUGCUGGUGAUGGACGCGCGGCGCAGACAGGACUUCGAGGAGUCUCAGAUAACCAAGUCCCGCCCUACAUGUUUUCUUUUUCAGUAAUCUGCUUCACUCGUGUAUAUGAAUAUUGAAUACUCUCGUGUGCUGCUAAUGCUCAGGGUGACGGUGAAUCAGAUCCAGCUGAAGCUCCCGGCAGAGUCUCUGGAGGACUGGAAGCGCCGCGGCUUCGUGGAUUACGUGGUUCUGCUGGACUGGUUCAGCUGCGUCUCUGAUCUCAAACUGGGCACCACUCUACAGAGUCUGAAGGAUGCUCUCUAUAAGUGGGACAGCAGCACAAUCCUGCGCAGUGAGCCUCUGGUGCUGGAUGGAGGAUACGACAACUGGCUGCUCUUUUACCCAAUGUACAGCAGCAACGCUAAAGUCAAGCCCCCCCGACAGCAGACGGCCAGCACACUGCCCCAGCUGAACUUCUCGUACCCGUCGCUGGAGGAGCCCGAAGCCGUGAGUGUGUGUGAGGAGCCUGCAGAUGCGCAGCUCAACGGCAGAACCGUGGACCCAGAGCCGCCCGCAGAGCCGCCCGCAUACACACCCGCGCAGCAACCCGCAAAGACAGACGCCGCCGCGCCGCGACACACUCCACAGGUCGACCGCUCCAAGAAACCUGCGGUGAAACCGGCAUCGAGCGCAAAGCUCAGCGAUGAGCCCUCGGUAAGCGACGGCCCCGUGGUGCCCGACCGCUCUGCUAAACCCCCGCUGGACCCUUCCAGAGCUCUGAGCGAAGAGGAGCGCAGGGAGAUUCACGCAGAGACCCUCAGUCUGAUGGAGAAAGCCCGCAAAGAGCAGGAGCAGCGCAAACGAGCCCUGGAGGAGAGAGAGACGGCCGAGAGACAUCAGCGAGAACAGAGCGAGAGGAAGAAGGAGGAGGAGGAGGAGGAGAAGCAGGAGAGGAAGAAGGUGGAGAGACAGACGGCCGAAGAGGAGGAUCAGGGAGACGCCAGAGACGAGAAGAACAGGAGAGCACAGAAGGACGUGCCGCUGGACGCUGCCAUGAAGAGCAUGUCUCUGGAUUCACCUGCAACCUUCAGCACUAGGGAGUCUCUGACGCGAGCACACAGUGAGGAGAUGGGCCGAACCGUCCCAGGGCUGCCAGAUGGCUGGAUGAAGUUUCUGGACACGGUGACGGGCACCUACAGAUAUUACCACUCUCCCACCAACCGCGUGCACCUGUACCCUCCGGAGGUCCACACGCCUCAGAUCCAGCCCAGCGCCGCUAAAGCCAAGCCACCGCAGCCCGCCGAGACGGAGAAAGAGCAGGAGCAGGAGCGCGAGAGAGAGGAGGAGCGGGGCCGAGAGCAGUCCAAACUCAAGCGCUCGUACUCCUCUCCUGACAUCAGCCAAGAGCUGAGCGCAGAGACCAGCAGAAAACCUGCAGCCGUGCCCACCAUCAACAGAGAGAACAAGCCGCUGACCACCGCUGCUGCUUACACUAAGGUGGAGAUCGCUCGGCCGUCUGCGGCUAAGAUCCGGAACCUGAACCCGGUGUUUGGAGGUCAGGGGCCAUUGCUAAUGGGCCUCCGUAACCUCGGCAACACCUGCUACAUGAACUCUAUCCUCCAGUGCCUGUGUAACACUGUUGCCAUGGCAGACUAUUUCAACAGGAACGUCUAUCAGGACGACAUUAACCGGGCCAAUAUUCUGGGUCACAAGGGCGAGGUGGCCGAGGAGUUCAGCGUCAUCAUGAAGGCGCUGUGGUCAGGACAGUACAAAAUGAUCAGCCCGCAGGAUUUUAAAGGCACCAUCUGUAAAAUCAACAACCGCUUCUCCAGCUACGAGCACCAGGACUCUCAGGAGCUGCUGCUGUUCCUCAUGGACGGCCUGCACGAGGAUCUCAAUAAGGCGGAUAAGCGGCGCGGGUAUAAGGAGGAGGACAUCGAUCAUCUGGACGACGUGAGCGCAGCAGAGCUGGCCUGGUCCAAACACAGGCUCCUGAACGAGUCCAUCAUCGUGGUUCUGUUCCAGGGUCAGUUUAAGUCCACGGUCCAGUGCAUGAGCUGCCAGCACAAGUCCCGCACCUUCGAGACCUUCAUGUACCUGACUCUGGAGAUGACGUCCAGCAGCAAGUGCUCGCUACAGGACUGUCUGAAGCUGUUCUCUAAAGAGGAGCGUUUGACCGACAGCAACCGCUUCUACUGCCGCCACUGUAAGACGCACCGAGACGCCAUCAAGAAGAUGCAGAUCUGGAAAGUUCCGCCCAUUUUACUCGUACACUUGAAACGGUUUAAAUACGACGGCCGGUGGAGGGAGAAGCUGCAGACGCUGGUGGAUUUCCCGCUGGAUAAUCUGGACCUGUCACAGUACGUCAUCGGACCCAAACCCAACCUGAAGAAGUACAGCCUGUACGCUGUGUCUGUGAGUACACAACCACACACACACUCACUCACUCACUCUCACACACACACA